UUUGUUUUUUACAGUAGGGUUUGUUUGAGUUUGACUGACAUUUCCAAAAUUCCACUCCAGUAUUACAGAUUAGAGUUGUGUCAGUUUUGAUUUAGAUUUUUAUCGACAGUGAGUAUUCCAGUAUGUAUAAUGUUGAAUUAAAAGAACACUUUUAGUGAUCACUUGGUUGAAGGUGCGGUUGUUUCUAUUCUCCUUUUUUAUUCGUGGCCACCCUGACCUGUCGCCGGAUGAGUGCCAAGCCAGAGCUGCGUCAGACAGCCCCUGUCGAUAUAGAGGCCAGUGUACAGAAAACAGAAACAUGGCAACACAACAAGAAGUUUACUGUGUACAAAGUGGUGGUAGUUUCACCAACGGAAUGUUGGUUUGUGUUCCGCCGUUACAACGAGUUCUACAAGCUUCACGAUAUCCUCAAGAAACAGGUGUCCAAUCUCCAGCUGAAGCUACCUGGCAAGAAACUGUUUGGCAACAACCUGGACCCUCAGUUUGUAGCACAGAGGAGAGAGGGACUCAAUGCCUUCGUCCAACAACUAAUGCAAGACCCUAAAUUGCUUAAUAUAGAAGAAGUAAGGACAUUUCUACAGUUGGAUGGCCACUGUCAGACCACCGAGGAGCCCAGCACUGAGGACACCUGCGAGAAGGCUGAGGAAGACGAGAACCUCAAUCUUGGUCCUUCUGAGAGAACUUAUGCGAAGCCAGGUGACUUCGAGUUUCUGCAUGUAAUUGGGAAGGGUAGUUUCGGCAAGGUGCUGCUGGCCCGUCACCGCCAUGAUAACGUCUACUACGCGGUCAAGGUGCUAUCCAAACGGUUGAUUGUGCGGCAGAAUGAAGCCCAGCACAUAAUGUCUGAACGCAACGUACUAAUGAAGAACCUCCACCACCCGUUUCUUGUUGGACUGCAUUUCAGCUUCCAGACCAGCGACAAGCUGUUCUUUGUAUUGGACUAUGUCAAUGGUGGAGAGCUGUUCUUCCACUUGCAGCGUGAGCGGACAUUUACUGAGCCACGGGCUCGCUUCUAUGCAGCAGAGAUUGCCAGUGCACUGGGUUAUUUGCACUCCCAAGGUAUCAUCUACCGGGACCUGAAGCCCGAGAACCUGUUAUUGGACUCUGUGGGCCAUGUGGUGCUUACAGAUUUUGGUCUGAGCAAGGAGGGACUGCUAGCCACCGACACUACCAAUACCUUCUGUGGUACACCAGAGUACCUGGCUCCUGAGGUUGUCAGGAAGGAGGCAUAUGACCGCAGUGUGGACUGGUGGUGUCUUGGAGCUGUCCUGUAUGAGAUGCUGUACGGGUUGCCUCCCUUCUAUAGCAGGAACACUGCCGAGAUGUAUGCUCAGAUACUGUAUCAGCCGCUGCGAUUACGUGUUGGCCCCACGGAACCUGCCAAAAGGAUACUGACCGAGCUCCUGGAGAAGAAUGCCUCCAGGCGCCUAGGCUCUGGUUACGGUGAUUUUGACGAUGUUCGGAGCCACGAGUUCUUCAGAAGUAUCAACUGGACUGACCUGUUGGAACGGAAGAUAAAGCCACCGUUCAACCCACGAGUGAAGGGAGAGUUGGACAUGCAGCAUAUCGAUCCUGCCUUCAUACGAGAGUCAUUGGGUUCCAUCGGGCUGUCACAGACAAGCAGUACGUUGACUGCAAGCGUGCGUGAUGCAGAUGAACACUUUGUCGGCUUCUCAUACUCAUAUGCAGCGCCCAUUGACUACUGUGCGGACCGCAAGGCUGAAUUAUGAUGACGUACACUCCAACCUUACUGUAAUUUGAUAGCAGUUACCAUGUUUCUCGUGAUAGAAUCUCAGUUGUACUUUAUAGUUUUGAGGUUGCCACUUUUAUUUGGCUAUUUGUGUUGACUGACUCACAUUUCGUGUUUUGUAAGCCAGUCAUUUUUUAAAGUUAAUUAAGUUGUUCUCACCUAUAAUAGAUUCGUUGAUGUAUUUUGUAAAAGUGCCCCACCAUUGUAAAUAUACUUUUGAGUUCAGAAAACAUUGGUGCUCUAAUAAAUUAAUGCUUCUUAUGAAGAUUGUAAAAAAUAUCUCUAUUACCAUAACAUUUUACUCAUUUGCUUGAAAGAUUUUUCAAAAAUGGCCCUAUGAAUUUUAUACAAGCAUUCAUUUUAAAAAAGUUGGUUGGAAGAGAUUUUAUGAAAUAGAAACCGAUGAGAUCUAUUUUGCUUACAAAUUUUAUUGAAUACAAUUUAAUUUUAGCAAGUUUAGUCAUACCCGUCCACCCGAUACAAUAUCCUGUAGGCAAUACAAUAGAGUAGUAGAACAUCAUAAUGUGUAAAAAGUAUGUUAUAUAUUCAAUAUUUUAUCAGUAUUAUAUAUUCAUCUCCCCUCUUGUAGGAAAAUUAGGUAUCUCCAAUCAGCUGUUAGUUUUGUUGGGAAGAUGAGUUCUCUGAAUGUUUGUAUUGCUGGUCAGACAUUGUUAAUUGUUAUACAUUUUGAGAGAAAGUAUUGUAUUCAAUUCUUCCAUACUUUUAAAAUAGUUCAGAUUUAGUUUUUAAAGGUAUUUUCUGCCGCUUUCAGUAAAUGCUUCUGUUGAAUUAAACUAGAACCACAAAUUGUUGAUUAGUUAAGAAAUAAAAAAAUUAAUCUUAAUGAUAAUUAAAGUUAUUACUAAUCUUUAUUUUACCAUUCUGUGUUUAAUAUUAAUAAUAUAAAACUAUAUUUAAGUCAACCAAAAUAUGUGAGGCAUCAAUUAAAUUUAUAUUGAUGGAGAUAAUUGUGUUUUAACCCUUAAAGCGCUAAUUUAAAUUACUGUCAAACGCUAAGACAUAAAAAAAUAUAUUUUUUAAAAUUU